UACUACUACUUGCAGGGGGUGUAAUUGAAACCCGGAAAGCCCGGAAACUUGAUGCCUAUGCAGAGUAUGCAUAAAAAUUGAGCGAUACGUAACACAGUAGUAACACGGGGAAGCCAAAUCAGGAAAAUGAGCCAGCAUGGUAAAAUGUCAGAGCAGCUGAAAUACUGCAAAAAUUUAAUCAACGAAUUAUUUUCCAAGAAACAUCAGACUUACGCUUGGCCAUUUUAUAAACCUGUGGAUGCUGAUGUUCUAGGUCUUCAUGAUUAUCAUGAUAUCAUCAAAAGGCCUAUGGAUAUGGGAACAAUUAAAAGAAAGAUGGAAAACCAUGAAUACGAGACAUUUAUGGCGUUUGCAGAGGAUAUGAGAUUAAUAUUCAAAAACUGCUAUAGAUACUAUCCUGCUGAUAGUGAUAUGGUUGCAAUGGCACAUAAACUUCAGGAUGUGUUUGAAGUGAAAUUUGCCUUUAUGCCAGAAGAGAAAUGUACAUGUAAUUGUAUGAUGGUGGAUAAUUGGUUUCAGGGUGUCGAGUCAGACUCAGUGUAGUCAGAUUCUGGUGAUGAAGGUUGUGAAGAAGAGAGGGAACAACAAAUCAAGAAAAUUACUGAAAUGGCAAGUUAAGCCAUAUUGUGUUAUAUAGUAAAAUACAAGUGUUGUACAUGUAGAAGCGUAAGAUGAUGAGAACAUGCGUGUCAUUUGAUCCAAGUGUAACGUUCAUUCACUACUAAGGAUGUGAUGAUUUUUUGAGUCGGCUCGCGAAGCGAGAUGCUCCUUGCUGUCAAUGGCAUGCAGAUUUAUAGCGCCUCACAAACUUUCUGUUUAUUCUUACACCGACAGCAAAUAAAUCCCGCGCACAAAGAUCUUCAAAAAAUUUUCAUUUGCUUUUUUGAACAGCUUCAUUAGGUUUUGAAGACAUAUCAUACAUGUGUGUUGACAUUCUUAUAGCAAUGCAAUUUAAAUGAGUCUCCUCAAUACGUUUAAAGAAACUAAACAUUAUAAGUGCGCAUGAAUACAUGUACAUGAUGUAAGCAAAUUAAGUCAAUUAAGUGUCACAGGCGAUUGUACAUUAAACAUGCGACGUACGUAUGUAUAAAUAUAUCAACUACAAAAAUAGAUUCAUAAACAUGAAGCAAAUAACUUGUAAGUAAAUAUUUUAUAGUAAAGAAAAUAAUAUCUCGCUUUCUUAGGUUGGAAAAGCAUAGUAAAUAUUUAAAAAUGGUAUUGGUUUUUUUUAUUUUAAUGAUGAUUUUUAUAUACAUAUACUCUUGCUUGUAGUAUUUUAUUUCUUCCUCUUAAUCUUAUGCUUUUGUCUUGUAUAUUCUUGCAUGAAAUGUUUUCUUUUAUUUCUUAUUCUUUUGUUAAUCUGUAAUAUAUCUGUGUAUAUGUGUACAUGCAUGCUAUGUGUCUUUGUCCUUGAUGUACAUGUAUGUGAUAGUCGGUUAAAAAAAAGCUGUACAGAGCUUGUGUUUGAUAUAUUAAAUGUAUAUAGUGCCGACUUUAAAUAAAAUUUACUUUACUUUG